GUGUCCUCUCUGGGCUCCUGGAGCAGGGCUUUUAGUGACUCCUGCCGCAGGGUGGCUCCUCCUGUCUUCUGCCAGAGCCAGAGGCUUUUAACGUAGAGAAACUACUAUUUGAGUGAUUCCUCCUCUCUCCCACUCAAACUGCUAAUGCCCCCCUCGCAGCUCCCUAAACUGGCCUGCAAGCAAGAUGAUGAAGAAGAAGAAAGGCAUAUUCUGGGGCAUUGAGGUGACCGAAACACUCAGGUGGCGUGGCUGGGAGCUGGGAAAAGAGGUGAUCAAGCACCUGGUCUUGAAAAAUGUCCACGAGAAAACCCAGAAGCUGAGCUACAGAGCUCCUUCCACGCGCUUCUUCUGCACCGCCUUCCCGCAGCCCAUCACUCUGCGCCCGGGAAUGUCCUUAAGCCUGCCUGUUGUUUUCCGGCCCAUUGAGAAGAGGGAGUAUGAAGACAGCAUCUGCUUUCAGAAGGCCGAGGGUGAAUUCUCUGUCACCCUACUUGCUCUGCUGCCACGGCUCUGCCUGUCCUUCCCAGCUGCUCUCCAGUUGCCUGCCUGUGCCGUCCACAACGUCACGGAGACACCGUUCCCUGUGCGCAACCUCGGUGAUCUGGUCACCACGUUUGCCUGGGAGACACCAAGCCCCUUCUACAUGGUUCCUGACCACGGCGUGCUGGACCCAGGUGCUGAGUGCAUGGUCAAGGUGGUCUUCCAACCCAAGGUGGCAGCAGGUUAUGAUGUGUCAGGAACAUGCUGGUUGGGAAGGGAAAAGAAACACAAAAGGACAAUCCAGCUGAAAGCCCUGGCAAAAUACCCCUACCUGAGAGUGAGUGUGGCAGGGGAGGAACAUGAAGGUGCACAGCCUGGAAUGCUUCGGGAUACACUGUGCUUUGGAUCAGUGCCACUGGGGACAACUGUGGAGAAGUGUGUUGAAAUCGUCAACAUGUCUGUGGUUGAUGCACCAUGCAGGAUAGAAACAGCAAAAGAUCCUUGGCUUCCAGACCAUGUUUUCUCCUGUGAUGUGUCCCAAGGUGUUGUUCCUGCCAAAGGGAAGCUGGUCUUGUCCAUACGAUUUCAGCCCCAGACAGCAGGAGAGCACAGUACCAACUACUUCACUAUUUCAUCUGCUGGAAGCCUCCUGCAGACUGUCCUGAAGGUGGUUGGAUCAUGUCAAGGUGCUUUAGUGUCUCUUCACCAACAUGCUUUGGACUUUGGCCGGAUCAGCCUUGGCGAAAGUUUGAUGCAGACACUGAAAAUCAGCAACAUCUCAGAUGUCCCAGCCUACUACCAAUUUGAUAUUGAUGGCAGGGGGAGUGUUUUCUCUUUGGAUUGCCCUUGUGGAGUCUUGGAGGGCACAAGCACAGCAGUGCUGAAGGUGACCUUUCGACCUACUCACCCCAUCAGCUAUCACCGCAGAGUGGUGUGCCUUGUCCACCAUCAGGAGCCCAUCUUUGUGGAUUUUUUUGGUACCUGCCACUCAGACACAGCUAAGCCAGCCCUCCUUCAGGCCAGGCACCUCUCCUGGUUCCGAACCAAUGCGAUGAGGGGACUGACCUUCUACCCCCCUGAUAUCCUGAGUGUGAUGCUGAAGGAUGGGAAGUUGCAGGUGGAUGAAAAGGGAGCCCUCAUGCUGCCUCCUGAGGUCCCUCAGGACAAACCUCCCAAAGAAAACUUUGAAGCCAACUCCAUGACUGAAUAUUUCUACGAUGGUGUAAGCUGCAACCUGGCUUUGUUCCCUCCUCAUGUGAGUGUCAGCCCCAGGGAGCAUGAUUUUGGUUGCUGUGUGCCGCUCUGCAAGGCAGAACCACUCCCCCUCUGCGUGACCAACCACACCAAAGGAAAUAUCACUGUUGUCUGGACCCUGAGCCACGGCAGCACCUUCCAAGUGAGCCCUGAGAUGUGUGACAUCCCACCUUUGAAGUCUUCAGCCUUCCGUGUCCUCUUCCAGCCCACUCAGCUCAACAGCCUCUAUGCAGCAGAGCUGGAAGGCUUUGCCUUCUACAAGGUGCUGAGACACUACAGCAACAUUCAGGAGGAUGCCACCAUCUGUCCACCCUGGUGCCUGAGUGUCAGCCUGAGAGCACACACGUUUGAGGCAGGACGGGAGCACUUCGUCCCGCAGUACAGGCUGGAUGUCCCCAAGGCUUUUCCUCCUGUGGCUCCUAACACUGACACCUACUGCAGUAUGCUGCUUUCCAACACAGGCACUGCUCCAAUAACCUUCAGUGUGAACCAAGCUGCCUGUCCCUCUGUUUUGGUCAAGCCCUGUUCAGGACACAUCAUUCCAGGAUGCCACAAGAUUUUCUUCCUCUGCACUCACCCAGUUGACACAGUCCCUCAGCAGCUUGUCCUGCCUUUGCAGCUGAACUCUUUUCCUGGAUACACCAAGGAGGUUGCUCUCUGGAGUUGUGGGGAGUCUCUUCUGUUGCUCUUAGAAGGUGGUGGAAAUCUGUACUUCAAGCCUGUCUGCAUUGGGACCUCCUCUACACGAAUGUAUAGCAUCAAAAACUGCACAAGGCUGCCCAUGGCUUUCACGUGGAAGAUCCGUCAGCAUGGCAGGAAGGUCCUGUCUGUCAGCCCCUCUACAGGGAUCCUCCAGCCCCAUGAAGCCAUGGCUCAGGCAUGGACUUUUACUCCUGACAAGGAGACCAAGUACUUGUUGCAUGCCAGGGUGCUGGUGAGGAGGAAAACUCCAGACUCUGCCUCUCCCAGAAGCGUCCAUUAUGCCUUACGGAUCGUUGGAGAGGGAGCUCUGGGCACCAUCAGGGCAGAAAAAGAGCACCUGGACUUUGGAAACCUUCUAGUUGGUGACCUGCAAAGCUGCAACGUUGUGCUGCUGAAUGAUGGGAUCUGUUCUCUGCAGUACAUCCUCAGCGUGGAACAACAGAUCACUGAGCCCUGUGACCCUGAGGAGAUCCACAGCGAUCCGCUGGCUCUAGAGCUGGAACACUCCAGAGGGACAAUCCCUGCAAGGUCAAAAGCUUUCGUCCGAAUAACAGCCCGGCCAGCCCGCCGGCGGCAGUACAGCUGGGCAGUCAGAUAUGCCCUCUGCACCUCCACAGGUGCAGACCUGAGGAGCAGCAGAGCAGAGCAGCAGCCCCUUUGCCGCGUUGUGGCCAGAGGUGUGUACCCAAGGCUGCGCGUCGCAGAUGCCUGCGCGGCAGGCAGCGCUGCUGCCAUCAGCAAGCUGCAGCUCUGGAGCCUCUUCUCCUUGCACACACUGAACCAGUAUCUGGAGCGAGACCUGGCUCCCAGCGAGCUUACCUACAGAGUUCCCACAAGGCACAGCACACGUUUGAUCCCUCCAGUGUACACCCCUCUGAUGCUGAACUUCAACUUUGGAGCUGCCUCAGUAGGCUCAGAGCCUACCCUUGUGAUGCUCCUGCUGGUGAACCAGGGUGUGGUGCCUGUGGAGUGGGCCUUCCUCUUCCCUUCUGAUCAGAAGAUAGACGUGGAGCACUGGGCAGAGGAUGCUGAUUUAAGUCCCCAGGAGCUACACCAGAUGAGAGUUGAGGAUAAUGAGCUCUUCAGUGUUUCCCCAAAGUCAGGGAAACUUCUUCCAGGAGAGGAGGAACCUGUCCAGCUCUCACACAGACAUGAUUUCAUUGGCACUGAUAACCUCCCUGUCCUGAUGAAGAUUUCCUAUGGCCACGAGAUUCUGCUGAACUUCAGUGGUGUGACGGUGGACCGGGACCAGCCAUAUGUUCAUUUUGCAUCCACUGAGCAUCACUUCACACCCAUUGCCAUUGGGACCACCCAGCCCCCCACACAGAUUUAUGAACUCUACAAUGCUGGUUCUGUGCCUGUGAUGUUUGAAGUUCAGCUGGACAAUGUUCUGGGGCUCCAGAGGGAUAAUUUUCAGCAUCCUGUGUUUGUCUGUCUAACUCCCAGGGGAGAAAUCCCUCCUGGCACAACAGGCCACAUUGAGUGGCUCUUCUCACCACUGGAAGCCAGAAAGUACAUGGUUGAUGUUCCCAUCCACAUCCUAGGGGGUGAACCAGCUCUGAUCACCUUCCAGGGAGUAGGCUACGAUCCAAAUGCUGCAAGAGACACUGAGACAUGGAGUGAAGUUUUGUCUCCUUCAGUCUUUCCAGGCUCUACCAAGCUAGCUGUGCCUGGGCAGGCAGCCACCUUGUCACAGCACAAGAUUUGCCUUGGGGAUGUCCCCAGCUGCAGCAAAGCCAGCCGGCUCGUCUUUCUCAACAGCGCCUCGGCGAGCAGGGCUCUUGUGUUUUCCUGGCGGAUGAGUGCCUCCAAAAGCAAGAGGUUGUUGCAGGUUGCUCCAGAGUCUGGGGUUCUGCAGCCUGGAGAGAGCAUCCCCUGCUUCAUCACACUGCAACCUUCAGGGAGUGCUUCCAUCUGUAGCACAGAUUUGGUGUGUGAGGUUUAUAUCCAGGAGUCACUGGUUCAGUACCAGAGUGACCUGCAGGAGUGGGAAAAAGCAAAGAAACACCAAGCCAUGGAAUUCACCAUCACAGAGGAGGACUUUGGGACUAAGAAGAAGCCAAAGUCACCUGCAGAGAGCUCAUCAGAUUCUGCUGAGAUAAAAAAUCAUCCUGAAUCCUCAGCUGUGCUCAGGAAAUACAAAAUAUUGCCUCCUAUUAAACCCCAUCCUAAGCCAAAUCUGCCAGCUGGGUGCUGUGAGAGGAGACUGCUGUUGGACAAAGGAUCCAGUCGGGUGUGGGUCAAACCAGAGCCUCCCAAACCCAUGCUCUUACACCUUGCUGUGACAGCCAGGUCCUACUGUGUUGAGGACUUCUUCAGCAGCUUCACCUCAGAGUUCCCCAAAUACUUCUUCUCCCGGCCCUUCACCAACCAGACCUUGGAAGGAAAGCUUGUGGAUAGGAGCAGGGAUAGAGCCAGACUAGACAUGGAUCCCAAAAGGCUGUCCCUGGGUGCUGUUUCCAAGCAGGAGCUGCAGCUAGUGGCUGACAUACUGACAGGUGUCAUCAGAGGUCUCUUGGAGGACACUCAGUUCCAUGAUGCAAUGAGAAGAAGCCUGGAUGAGCCCAUCCCAUAUUUUUCCCAGUUCCAGUCUGCAGAAUCAGCAGAGCUCCAGGACAGGAGGCUGUGCUCCAGCCUCCCCUCCAGGGUCUCUACUUUGCCAGAUCCUUACUCUGAGAAGGAUGGAGAGAGGAAGGAACUGAGACAGGAAAACUCUCCCAGCUGUGAUUUGUUGGUGUCUUGGGAGAAGAAGGAGCAGCUGAAGGAGCAUGAGGAGAUGAUGAGCAGGCAGUCGGCCCUCGGGAGCCUGGUGGAGCUGGUGCUGGAGAACACUCUGCAGAACAUCCUGAUCGAAGCCAGCCGCGGGGAGGUGGUGCUGACUGCCCGGCCCAUGGUCAUUGCUGUGCCCACUGCCCCUUCCCCCAGAAUCACCAGUCCAGCACCUCCACCCUCAAGAGCAUAGCUGCUGGACGCUGUGCUGCUUGAGCUCUUUAAGCACAUCAGCUGUCUCCACUCUUCAUCCUGUCCCUCUGAUGUCCAGACCAACCCUGAUCCUGCCACACCGUGACCUGGGCUCAGAGUGCUGGCUGCCUCUAAGGACCUGUGUCCUGGUUGUGUCCUCAGCUCCAGUUUGAGUCCUCUGGCCACUCCAAUGCAGGGCUUGUGAGAUCUCUUCUCUCUGUGGCUGGCCACAUCAUCAGAGAAGAACAUCCCUAGGCUACAUGGAGCAUGUGGGCAACCUCUGUGACUAUUCCCACUGCCCCCAGUCUGUACCAGCUAGGGGAGGAGUGGGAUCUGCUUUGCAGUGUCAGUCCUGAGGAGGGACUGACAGGUGGGCAUUUCGGUGCUGAGCCCCUGCCACCAUCAGCAGGAUGCAGGUCCUGAAUCCUUCUCCCCUCCUUGCUCCGUGGUUGCUGCGGGCCCUGCUUGGAGUGACCCAGUGCAAGAGAGCCUCUGCAGCCCCACGCAGCACACUCGGCAGCCCAAUAAAAGCAGCUUGGCCUCUGGGCACACA